AUGUUAAUAAAAACUAAAGGCGAUGUUGAUGAUAAUAAUUUAGAUCGAAUGAAUGAUGACGAAACUACAAAUCUAGAGGUUCCUCAAUUUCCUGAGUUCAAGCACCCUGGCUAAGGGAAACAAGUACUGAUGAGACCAGCAAGCAAAUAAUUCUUGAACUCGCCAUCGAAGUUGGAAGACUCCCUAUCAGGAAGCACAAAGAUCACCUAGGUGAAUAGUGCCGGACAUGCCUAUGAUUACAUCGUUAAUCACUUUCUCUAGACCAUCAAAAAGCAUCUUAAUUCCCCUCAAAGAUCUGAAGUGGAGGGGCAAAUCAUACGAACCUUGAUUUCAUAGCAAGCCAAAUUAUAAUACAUGCUUCACAUUGAUUGGGCUAAAUAUUAUACUAGUUACUUAUAGCACAUUAAUACCAAGGUUCCAGGGCCUAUUAAUAACCAGCCCUUCUUUGCUGAUUAAAGCUCUAUAGAUGCUAUUUACAAGCCAAAUCUAAAAUAAGAUGUGGAUUUUGUGUUGCUAAACAGGAAUGCUUGGAUGUUUAUCCAUAGUUUGUAUGGUGGAGGACCUGAAGUCUCUCUUUAAGAUUAUAGCAAAGGAGAAGGAUUUGAGAAUUCAACGUAAAAGCCUACUUUGUCUAGAGUUAGUUCGAUGUAGUCAGGGUUGAUGGAUACGGUUUCAUAUAUGAGCAUCACUCUGCCUUUCCAAAAAUCCUAAUUUGAAUUGCCUCCAAUUGGAUUUUAUAAUGAAUCCAACUAUUGUUUCAUGCAUGCAGCUUUACAAACCAUAUUGUCUGUUGAACAGAUAAAUUGUUGGAUGAUGAAUGAAGGGAAGAAAAUAGCUAAUUAAUAGUCAGAUAAGUAUCGGUGGUUGAAUGCCUAUUUAGAAAUAGUUACUAUUGCUGCUAACAAAAAGGCAGGAGCCUUCAUCAAAAUAUAGUUGCUAAAGCAAUUAAUAAAAAAUAAGUUCGAUCCUCGCCAAUAACAUGACUCCUAAGAAUUCCUGAGAUACUUUAUCGAACAAUUGACUGUGGAAAUGUAGGGACAGUUCAAAUAUGAUUAGCCCAUCACGGAAAUUGCUUUUCAGGGAUAGAUGAUGUCUUUGAUUAAAUGUGAUUAAUGUAAUCAACAAUCCACUAAAUUUGAAUCCUUUUUGGAUUUAUCUUUGUCGAUGAAUAAGUUAUAAACCUUGGAUAAAUGUCUACGAUUGUUUUUUGCCCAAGAAAUAUUGAGUGAUCACUACUAAUGUGAAAACUGUUGCAAUGAAACAAGGGCUGUUAAGAAGUAUGUAAUCGGCACACCUCCUUUGUAUUUGAUGAUUCAUUUAAAACGAUUUUAGGUUUAUCCAAAUAGAAUUAAAUUGAAUGGACAUGUGAGAUUCCCAAUCAGUCUUGAUGUUUAAGAGUUUUGUUCCAUAAAAGCAAAAUACAAAUUAAGAUCAAUUAUUGUUCACCAAGGCACAUCUGAAAGAGGCCAUUAUGUUUCAUUCUCAUCUAGACAAGAUCAAGUAUAUAGAUAGUUGCUAUAUUAUUAGUGGUACUACUUUGAUGAUCACAAAGUAUAUCUGGUUACAGAACAAGAUGUGUUGUAGCAAUAAGCAUAUGUAUUGAUAUAUGAAAAAGUGGAAGAAUACCUAAUUGACAUGUAAUGA